AUGGUUGUGUCCUUUCGACCAACGCCGGUGUCCGACUGGAAGUUCAAGAAGGAAUGGAACGACUUCUACUCUACCGGCGAUUUGUACGCGACAGAGAAACAGCAGAUUUAUCGCCGGCAGUGGGAGAUCAAAACCGACUCUCACCACUAUCCGUAUCUUGACUAUAUCAAGACUAUCGCUCCAGGAUGGAGGCCACUGCAGUAUUUGGCCGAUUUCAUGGAGGUCGGCACCGACCCCCUGCGCUGGAGAGAUUUCAACAAUUCCGACAAAAACCAUCGAUACACCUAUCCUGACGAUCCUGUUGGUAGAGAGGAAAAAAGAUCCGAGCGGGUGUCGCGCAGCAGAGUCUGUCUCCUGGAUUACAAAGAGAAUGAAGCUGAACCGCAAAUAACGUAUUUCGAGCGCCCGUUUGACCUCCGCGCCAAGCUGCUAGAGUUAAAUGAGGACGAAAAGGAUCAAUUACCAAGAUCAGGCCUAAAGCUUUUCGUCGUUGAGGAUCUUUCUCGGGAUACAAUAGACCUCCUUGGCCAUUAUCUGCACAUCGAACCUGACUUCUUCCGCUCCCAUCUCCGGGAGCACGCAUGGUUUAACAUUCGUGACCCCUUUUGGGUACCGCCGAGCCUUCACAUGGAUGUCGCGAGUAGAAAUUGGCAACAGAUAUUCUUUUGUCGGGCUCGGUACUUUACUGACCUCGCAAAAUUCCGGGAAGCGCAACGGGCGGUCGAUAAUUUCAACAUAAAGAGGAAGCUAGAUGAAGACGAGAGCAAGGCGUUAUGGGAUCGAAGCUAUCCGACAAGCAAGCCGAUUUUUCCACAGUUGAACACAUCAUUGUUCAGAAGGCGUAAAAGCCGAAACGAGGUCCCCGAAACAAACCCCAAUGGUGACCACAAGAACAUAAGCGGCGAACAUGGCAUACCACUUGACGAAGUCCAGACGGCGAUCGAACAAGAGCUGAUUGAAGAGGAGGUCGAUGCCAAGGUCGGGCUGAUGAGAACAAAAGCGACCUUUUGGUGGAAGAAUAAAAACAUAGGUGUUUUACUACUGGACCCGACCCUGAGGGAAGGGUUUCCGCUCUGGAGAGAACAGGAGAACUGGCAUGAAAAGCCGGCACCGGGAGAGGUCGGUCCAAGAACUCCUGACCCCGAAUCCAGCUUCGCCGAGCGCUUCAUCUACUGGACAGAAAACCCGGCACCAUUUCUUCGAAAGGCAGCUCUCAGCAAUGACCCGCGGCAGCUACCGAUGAUGAUUUUACUCCGUAUCAUCUGCGCAGAUUGGAUUACAAUGAGCCAGUACAUUAAAUCCCGGCUAUCCCAAGUGGAUUGGGAGUUGAUACAUCCUAGAGAAUUUCUCGGCCACCAUAGGUUUUACACAAUCUUGAACAAACUGCACACAUGGCGACGCCUUGUCCCUGUGUAUAGGGAGAUGUUAUACACAACAACAUUGCACAUGGAAUUCUUUCUCAAUAGUGAGGGAAAACGGAGCGAGGAUGUGGAAGAUGAACCUUUCAUGGAGUAUCUCAACGAGUUCAAGCUCAUUCUCAGACAGAUGGAUGAGUAUGAAGAACGCAUCGAUCGCCUUACUGCAGUCACCACCUCCACUAUCAACAUGGUCGAUUCACAUCGUAUUAAGCUUUUGACGGGCCUCGCUACUAUCUUCUUGCCUCUGAGUCUCAUAGGAACGUUGUUCUCUAUGUCGGAGAAUGUUGAUAAGUUGGGGGCAACGUUUGGGUACUGGGCUGCUGCGUCUGUUACUGUCAUGUGCUUCCUGCUUCUAGUCUAUCGACUGUCAGAAAGUUGGUUGGCUUAA